AUGGCCCCAAUACUCCCGAAUGUCUUGUAUGUUGAUGCAGUUUCAAAUGCUGUCGUAGAUCCGCGCUCUAUAAAUCGUGGAGCUGAUCCACCGGCGUUCACUAAGCUUUCUUUAGAAAAGCCAUUUGUAUCCUAUAGUGCAGAGUUCACUGAACUCUUGGGCCAGAAUCCUUCACUUCGAGUUGUCGCACAAGAGGAUAGCUAUCCGUUUGCCCACGAAGCAGGGGUAUGGAUUCCUUCUAGACGGGAGGUUUACUUCACCUCUAAUCAAUUCCAACAGCAUAAAAAUGAAGGGAAACAGAAACAGAUCAGAAUAUCUAGACUACUAAUUGAUAAGGAAAAAGACAACGGAUGUUAUGAAUGGGAGAAUAUGUGGACUUUACCUAAGAUUUUAACUCCUAAUGGUGCCACGAAUUACAAAGGAGGUGUAUUGCUAUGCUGUCAAGGUCAGGGAGAUACCCCUGGAAGCUUGGUCUUAAUGGAACUUGAAUCACAUCGCUCGCAGCCACUUCUUAAUAAUUUUUAUGGAAGGCCAUUCAAUUCGCCUAACGACGUUGUAAUAUACCCUUUGGACGGCUCCGUUUGGUUCACAGAUCCUAAUUACGGUCAUGUCCAGGGUCUUCGAUCUGUAAAAAUGCUACCUAAUCAAGUCUACUGUUUCGACCCCAAAAAUGGUUCUGUGAGAGUUGUUGCAGACGGGAUCCAUAAACCAAAUGGAAUAUCAUUUUCGUUUGAUAAUAGAACAUGUUACAUAACUGAUACCCAAAUAUACAAUGGAGUAGGUGGAACGUCUCACGAUGCAGCAGCAACUAUUUAUGCAUUUGACAUUGUCAAAUCACCACACUCCCUCAUUACAAGUGCCCCUUAUACUCUUGUGAACAGACGAGUAUUUGCGUAUGCUGAUUGUGGAGCUCCAGAUGGCAUAAAAUGUGAUACUAAAGGUAAUGUCUAUGCCGGUUGUAUAGACGGUAUACACGUCUGGAAUUGUGAUGGAGUUUUAAUUGGAAAAAUCUUGAUCAAAGGUGGAGUUGCUAAUUUCUGUUUUACCGACCCGGGCAGGAUGUUUCUGUUUAAUGAGAACAAGAUUUACGAAGCGAACAUUGCAGCUGUCGGGGCUCUGAAUACGGCUCUCUAG